AUGAUAUGGCCGUUGGGUUCCCACAGAACGACUAUUACCAGAUUUUUACAGGUUUUUUUCUGUAUUGAACCUUCUCUACUCGAUAGCGGUCUGCGGUCUCGUGCGGUGGGCGAAACCCUCACUGACCUCCUGAAUAGCCUUCAGGAUGGGGUCAAUCCGGACGACAUCAAGCAGAGCAUAUUACCGGACUUUUGGAGUAUCCCCGGAACCGACGAAAUUACCAGAGCGCUUGGGUUGAACGAGACGGGGAUUCGAAAUUUGCCGUUUGAGUUUUUGAAUAUUCCUGGCUACGCAAACUACACUCCGCAAGGAUGGAAUUUGAGAAUCCACGGAAUGGCCUAUAAACAGCCACUGUCCGGGCCGGGGGUGGUGUCCAAUCAUACGCUGGACAAAGCGGCGAAUAAGUUCUUGCCUGACUUUGACGUUGGAGAGUUGCAACCGCACGAGCAGGACAAUGCUAGGAACUUGACCAGCGCGAUACUGUCAUUGCCGCAGGCAGGGGAGAAGCUGCUGUUCACGCUUGACGUCAGGGAGGGGCAGAGCUUCCAAAGUGGAUGGGCCGGAGUUGUGGAGUGGGCCAAGGCGAUGGAUUCCAGGGGUGAAAUCGAUGGCUUUGUUCGGCUCCCGACGAAUAAUGAGAAUGACCUUCCGGACGGGAAUGCCACUAACGCGAAGGUGGUUGAAUUGGAUGUUCAUACUAACCGGACUGAUACUGGUAAUGCAACUGCCUACCUCGUCCCCAGAGACGGCAUUACCAUCCUCUCAGAUAUCGACGACAUCCUUCGGGUCACAAAGAUCUACCUCCCAAAAGAAGGCCUCCUAAACUCUUUCGCCCGCGACUUCGUUCCGUGGAUGAAUAUGCCCGAAAUUUUUGCCGGGUGGCUCCGCCAGCACCCUGAAUCCCCCUACCACUUCCACUACCUAACCACAACCCCGGAGCAAGCCACACGUGUCUACAUGGACUUCAUUUACAAAACCUAUCCUCUUGGCUCCUUCGACACACGCCCUCUCAACUUUACGACAGUAGAUCAAACCUUCUCCGUCCGCAGAACCAUCCUCAACAGAAUUUUCCAAACAUUCCCAAGCAGAAAAUUUAUCCUCAUUGGAGAUACUACGAAUAGUGACGUCAUGGGUGACUAUCCAGAGCUCGUUUCCGCAUUCCCUGGACAGGUGCAGUGCAUCUUGCUAAGGAAUACCUCUGCAACAGACCCGGAAAACAAAUUUCCGUAUAAUACGAAGGGAUUCGAGAGGUUGAAACUGGGGCAGUACAUGUUCUUCACCACACCCGAUGAUCUCAGAGGAUUGGAUUUCGCAAAUGGGGAUUGUAGAAAUGCGAGCGCAAGGGUGGGGACUGUAGAUUUUAGCUGGCAGGGAUUGCCAUUUGAGAAGAGUGCUGCUGGGGGUAGGGUUAGGGGGAAUAUGUGGGCAGCCGUUGUGGCUAUGGUUGCUCUUGCAGUGUUUCUAUAGGAGAUUGUAUGAACUCACGAAUGGGAAUGGGGGGCUUGGAUACCCAGCACAUAUGAGAGAUGAAGUGGACCUAUGCAUUUGUACACCAUAAUAUCCAGGGAUUUUUUU